CUUCGCAUGCGACUCCUGGGCCAUGGAACAAUAAUAUUGUAUACUUCCACCUCCCAUCUUCAUUGUUCACAGGUAAUUCUCGUGUGCCACAAUAUAUUGUUCACUGUUGCUUGGCUCAUACUCAAGCCAUUCCUCCAUUCUACAGUUCCACGCUUUGGUUUCGCAUAUAUAACCUUCAUGAGCUCCCUGAUACCGACAUCAGACCUUCCUCAUCUGCCGGAAUCAAACCUUCCUCAUCUACCUUGAUCAGAUAUGUUCGUUCCUCCCCGCCAAACAGUUCGCCUUCCAAAGCUGCCUUUGGAAAAUUUUGAGGCGUUCUUUGCUGACCGCCUGUCCUGGGUUACAGGAUAUGACGUCGAAAAACAUGCAUGGAUUAAAUCCGAGGAUUACGAUGAAUCUACUUACGAUGAACACGCGUGGAGCAAGCUGGUUAAGGACCAACAGACUAAGGAUCUCAUCCAGUCCGUAUUGGACACCAUUGAAUGUUUUUAUUGGAGUUCAGAAGUUGGGGAAGGCAUGAAUAUCCUGCUGAAAGGAGCCCCAGGAACGGGCAAAAAGACGGUUGCUCAUGCGGUCUGCAACAGACUCAAGCGUCCGAUGCUCACAAUUCGGACCAAUGAUAUCCCACCCCUUGCCGAUGUGCGACCUUGGGCCGCCAAACUAGCAUCGCUUGCGAUCAAGUGGAAAUCGGUGAUUGUCGUAGAACGUGGGGAUUAUUUCAUUGCGCUUCAAGAACGCCUCAACACGAUGAUUCGAGAAUUUAAAUCAUCCGAAUGUAUCUGUCUGUGGCCUUCGGUAUUGUCGCCCGAUCAGCAGGCACUACUUGGCCCGUUCGCGGCCACCAUUGAAUUCCCCGAUCUUGAUCAGCCAGCCCGUCGCCAUCGUUGGCUACUAGUUUUUGGCCGAGGUGACCUAGCGGAAACUAUCUCUAGAGGCGAGCAUGCAUCGGUCCCUACCGUGAGGGACCCAGAGACGCAGACCUUCCUUCGGGAGAUUGAGAAAAUCUCUUGGUACGAACUCGAUGGACUCCAGAUCAAAAAUUACUUGGAUACCGCGCGAAGUUUUCCUGGGAGGCAAAAUCUCACCCCUCAGGACAUGAAGGAGUAUCUCAAGGCGUGGAAUGUGCCUCUUUCUGUACGCCACAAAGUGUCGCGGUUUUUUGCGCUUCGCGACAUGCCAUCCAACUCAGGGAGUGACUAGUGAACGUUCAAGUUUCGAAGGACACGGUGAAGACAUCCGAUGUGCCUGUUUGAAUAUGUUCUUGCUGGUUUGUACUACGUAUAUAUGUGUUUAUGCAUCAUGAGAUUAUGGUCUUAACUAUUUACUUAGCAUUGUAUCAUAUAUGAAACAAGCGGUCCGUUCACCUUCGGACAUUUUCUACUGUGAAUUACAACCAGAUAUGCCUGUACACUACGCUCUCCGUUGUUUUUUCC